CUGCUGUGUGAAGACGCUUUAUCAACCAUCUGUAUAUGUAUCAUGUUAAUGACAUGUCAAUCUGCGUCCAGCUACAGUACCCAUAACCCCACGCGGCCUACCAACAUGGCUCCAACAGGACUCUUACUGUUCGUUCAAGUCUUCCUGGGAGAUGAGGACUCGCUCGAGCUUCACAUGGUGCUGUUGGAACUGGAGGAUGUGGAGAAGCAGAUCCGCGGCCUACUCGACAAGCAGGCCCAGCUGCUGGAGCGACGAACUGCACUGGAAAUAUCUUGUGCCUCUGCCUACACAUCCAAGGUAAGCACGCAGCGUGAUAUUUCCACUCCCAGCCCCUCUACGCAGUGUGUUUCUCUGUGCAGGGACCGUGCACCCAGGACUUUUCCAGCCCAGGGCUUUUCCAUCACGCCGGACCGCCGGGCUGGACCGCAGGCGAGGACCUCUCCGCCUCCGAUGUUCGAGAUUCCAACCAGGAACCGCUUCACCCCUCUCCGUCAGACCAGACGAAACGCUGUGAUCGUCAGGGACUCCAUUGUGCGAAACAUCCGCGUCGCUUCAACAACAGGUAAGGUGUACACACACUGCUUUUCUGGUGCUCGUGUCCUUGAUGUCGCUGCGCAGGUAUCUGGGAUCCUGAAGAAGGACGAGCGCAUUGGAGCGGUUGUGCCGCACGCGGGGACAAACGACAUCAGGCUGCGACAGACGGAGGUUCUGAAGAGGCACUUCUCCAGCCUGAUCGAAACGGUACGAGGCAGAUCACCCACCGCGAAGAUCAUCGUUUCUGGACCUCUUCCCUCAUACAGACGUGGAGCCAAAAAGUUCAGUAGACUUCUAGCUUUAAAUAACUGGUUGGUUUCUUGGUGUAGUGAACAGAAUCUGGUGUUUGUUAAUAACUGGAAUCUGUUCUGGGAGCGUCCUAGGUUGUUUCGUCCUGAUGGCCUGCACCCCAGCAGCCUCGGAGCGGAACUGCUGUCUGACAACACCUCCAAGACGUUACACUCCAAGUGACUGUCUACCAUAAGCUCAUCUUCCCACAAUAACAACGUUCAUCAUAAGCAAUGUUCAAUUAAUAGUCCAACACCUGUAGUACAUACUAUAGAGACUGUGUCUGUUCCCCGAGCUGUACAAAUACACAAACAAUAUCGGAAUGUCUGUCUUAGUAACCUAAUUAACAUAAAAUUAGAUCAUACUGAAUGCACAUCCAGCACCUUUAAUCUGCAGCUAGGACUAUUAAACAUUAGAUCUCUUGCGUCUAAGGCUCUUAUUGUUAACGACAUUAUUACUGAUCAGGAAUGUAAUUUAAUGUGUUUAACGGAAACUUGGAUUAAACCAAACGAGUAUGUAGCAUUAAAUGAAGCCAGUCCUCCUGAAUGAAGGCUUCAUUCAUCCUAAAUGAAGCCAGCCUCGUUCAACUUUUAGAGGAGGAGGUGUUAGACUCAUCCAUAGUCAAAAUCUAGUCGUCACACAAAAACCUAGUCAUAAAUUUAAUUCAUUUGAAAUUCUUUAUACCAGCAUAACUUAUGUAGGCACAAAAAAUAAGUCAAUUUCUCUAAUUAUUAUUUACAGACCCCCAGGGCCAUAUACUGAAUUUCGUAGUGAAUUUGCAGACUUUAUCUCAAACCUGGUUGUGUCUAUAGAUAAAGAAUUAAUCGUUGGUGAUUUUAAUAUUCACUUUGAUAACGUGGAAGACCCAGCGGUUGUGUCCAUCUUAGAUUCAGUAGGGAUUAAUCAGAACGUAAUCGGAACUACUCAUAAUGGUGGUCGCACUCUUAACCUGAUACUAACAUAUGGAUUAAAUAUAGAAAAUAUUGUAAUUUUUCUGCAGUCUGAAGUUGUCUCAGACCAUUAUCUAAUCUCGUGCAUAAUACA